AUGAUGCUGCUCCUGGUGGUCUGCCUGAUGCUGCCCUUCGUCUCGGCACAAAAUGCUGGGUUUGAGAAGUCGCCAAUGUCCGAGACCAAGCUUACAGGGGAUGCCUUUGAGCUGUACUGCAGUGUGGUUGGAAACCCAACACCGGAAAUCCAGUGGUGGUACGCUGAAAUAAACCGUGCAGACUCUUUCAAGCAGUUAUGGGACGGAGCUAGAAAGCGACGGGUGUCCAUCAAUACAGCGUACGGAGCCAACGGGGUCAGUGUGCUUGGGAUCACACGGCUGACGUUGGAAGAUUCUGGAACUUAUGAGUGCAGAGCGAGCAACGACCCCAGACGAAACGACCUGCGACAAAACCCUGCGAUCACGUGGAUUCGUGCCCAGGCCACUAUUUCAGUGCUACAGAAACCAAAGAUCAAUUCCUCUGAUCAGAUCAUUCUGCCAUUGGAUGGCUCCAACAAACCAGUUAUUGUGCAGUGUAACCUCACAUCUGCCCAUACUCCUCACAAGGAAAGCUUCUGGAUGAAGAAUGGGAAAGAGAUCAGCAAUACAAGAAAUGAGCACAGACACACAACAUACAGAAUCACAAAACCACGGGCCGAUGAUUCUGGAGAAUACAUGUGUGUUUACACAUUUGAUAUGGCACCAAAUGCUAAUGCAACAAUUGAAGUAAAAGCAAAACCUGAUAUUAUUGGCCAUAAGAGGAGUGAAAAUAAGAAGGAAGGGGAAAACGCAACGUUAUACUGCAAGUCUGUUGGAUAUCCUCAUCCUGUCUGGUCAUGGCACAAAGUGGAUGUAGCCGCUAAGACAAACAUGGAAAUCGACAACUCCACAGGACGCUUCAUCAUCACAAUCAGAGAUAACUACACAGAGCUCAACAUACUCUACUUGGACAUCAAUACUGAUCCCGGACUACAGAGAUAA